AUGAUGAACAGAACAUUGAACCCAGUUACCCGAGUUAGUUAUGAUACCUACUUGCAACUAAUAAAAGGCAAGUCAAUAGUCAAUAAUAGGGUAAAAGAGGAAUCGGGAGAUUUAUUCGACGCACCAUCAGACUACAGCCUCGCACAUUGCAUAUCCCAGGACGUGAAAAUGAGCCAGGGCACGGCCCUCAUGUUUCGCAGGAAAUUUGGCAAUGUGGAGAUUUUAAAAAGUCAACACCCCAGAGUCCAUGAAGUGUUGUACAUUCGUCAAGAAAAUCGAUACAUCCUGUAUAUGGUAACGAAACCAAAAUAUUGGCAAAAACCAUCUUUGGAGGAUAUGUUCCUGACUUAA